GUUCACGUUGCCACGUCGUCUAACAUCUCCGCGUUCGAGUCUAGAUCAAACUUGAGGAUCUAGUGAGAUCGAGAAAACGGAGCAAGAUUCCAUGGAGAUCGACAGCCUUCCAGAGGAGCUGCUUAAGAAGGUGAUCUCCCUCAGUCGCCCUCAGGACGCCUGCCACACGGCCGGCGUCUCGCGGGCCUUCCGCGCCGCCGCUGACUCCGACACCGUCUGGUCCCGCUUCCUUCCUCACGAACUCCCACGGUUGGCCAAGAAAGAGCUCCCCAGCACGCCCCUCUCCAAGAAGGGUAUGUUCCAGCGCCUCUCCACCCAACCGGCCCUCCUCCCAACCAAGUUCGUGAGUAUGCAACUAAACAGGGCAACCGGCGGCAAGUGCUACACAAUUUCAGCAAGGGCGCUUCAGAUUUUGUGGGGAAACACGCGGCGCAACAUGUGCUGGAUGAAUGUCAAGGUUGAUGAUUACUACAUGAAAAGGGGCGGCAAAAGGUUCUCCGAGGCCGCUCACCUUAGGAAAUUCACCUGGUUGGAGAUCCGUGGAAAGAUACAGAGCAAGAUGCUCUCUAGCAACACGACAUACGUCGCUUAUAUGGUGUUCAAGUUAGCCGAUACCUUCUUCCACCUGGAUUUUCCGUUCCAGAAUGCAUCGGUUAGCUUUAGCGGGAGUGAAUCAACCCGGCAAGUGUGCCUGCAAGCCUAUGCCAACGAGGAUGAGGACGUUGCAGCCGGGGCACCUUCCUAUCAGGUCUUGCAACCACGUAGUUGGCGACCUACCACGGUUACUCCUGGAAAGGACAUGCUACUCCCUCGAAGAAGAGCCGACGGUUGGAUGGAGGUGGAGCUGGGUCAAUUCUACAAUGAGGGAGGCGAUGAUCGAGAGGUGUCCAUCAGCUUGACGGAGAUUGCAAACAAUUACAAGUUUGGUCUUAUUGUUAGAGGCAUGGAAGUUAUAACUAAGCAACAGGUUUAGGCAAAUUGUACGCUUGUAUAUAUCAACCUUGCGAAAGUUUAAAAAUAAGUACUUUACAGUAUUUUGAUUUGAAUGGGUUCUCAGGACCUUUUUGAAUUACCAUACAGAGUUUCUCUGCUUUUUUUUGUUGAGAAAAAGGGUUUCCUCCCAGCUUCAUUGAGGAAACUUGGU